CCAGCCAGGACACCCCCUGGGAUCACACUGAACUCGCCACAUCCCCAAAGCGGCCGAACCCUCUGCACCAACCAGCCCAGGUCCCACUCGAGGCCCCAUGGAGUUCCCUGGCCUAGGGGCCCUGGGGACCUCAGAGCCCCUGCCCCAGUUUGUGGACCCGGCUUUGGUAUCCUCGCCACCAGAGUCGGGGGUCUUCUUCCCCUCUGGGCCAGAGGGCUUGGAUGCAGCAGCCUCCUCCACGGCCCCCAGCACCGCCACGGCUGCAGCUGCGGCUCUGGCCUACUACAGGGAUGCCGAGGCCUACAGGCACUCCCCAGUCUUUCAGGUGUACCCACUGCUCAACUGUAUGGAGGGGAUCCCAGGGGGCUCACCCUACGCCGGCUGGACCUACGGCAAGACAGGGCUCUAUCCUGCCUCGACCGUGUGCCCCACCCGCGAGGACUCCCCUCCCCAGGCCCCAGAAGACCCUGAUGGGAAAGGCGGCAGCAGCUUCCUGGAGACCUUAAAGACAGAGAGGCUAAGUCCAGACCUCUUGACGCUGGGGCCUGUGCUGCCUUCAUCCAUCCCUGUCCCCAGCAGUGCCUACGGGGGUCCUGACUUUUCCAGUACCUUCUUUUCUCCCACUGGGAGCCCCCUCAAUCCAGCGGCCUAUUCCUCCCCCAAGCUUCGUGGGACACUGCCCUUGCCCCCCUGUGAGGCCAGGGAGUGUGUGAACUGCGGAGCAACAGCCACUCCCCUGUGGCGGCGGGACAGGACGGGCCACUACCUAUGCAAUGCCUGCGGCCUCUAUCACAAGAUGAAUGGCCAGAACAGGCCCCUCAUCCGGCCUAAGAAGCGCCUGAUUGUCAGCAAACGGGCGGGUACCCAGUGUACCAACUGCCAGACAACCACCACGACGCUAUGGCGGAGAAAUGCCAGUGGGGACCCUGUGUGCAAUGCCUGUGGCCUCUACUACAAGCUACACCAGGUGAACCGACCACUGACUAUGCGGAAGGAUGGUAUCCAGACUCGAAACCGCAAAGCGUCUGGAAAAGGGAAAAAGAAACGAGGGUCAAGUCUGGGAGGUACAGGAGCAGCUGAAGGACCGGCUGGUGGCUUCAUGGUGGUGGCCGGGGGCAGCGGGAGUGGGAAUUGUGGGGAGGUGGCCUCCGGCUUGACGUUGGGCCCACCCAGUGCUGCCCAUCUCUACCAAGGCCUGGGCCCCGUGGUGUUGUCAGGGCCCGUGAGUCACCUCAUGCCUUUCCCGGGACCCCUGGUGGGUUCCCCCGCAGGCUCCUUCCCCGCGGGUCCCGUUCCUCCCACCACCACCACUACUGUGGUGGCUCCACUGAGUUCCUGAGAGCACAGAGCAUGGCCUCGGGGCGGCGGUGGGGUCCCUCUCCUAUGUAGCCAGCAGUCAGUACAACCCAACCCUCUGGGCCCCAGCCAUCCCCUGGCCUGGCCCUUCAAAGCUUUUGUAAAAUAAAACCACCAAAGUCCUAA